CAAACACUGAAAGAAAUGUUUCCGUUUUAGGGAUAAAUUCUGACGUUUUGUUUGUUUUGUUUUUUCAUUGGUUGUGUUUGAUAUUUCCGGUUUGCCAGAGGUGCUUCCGGUCACGUGGGGAGGUUGGUCUAUUAUCUGUUUUUCCCUUUCAUGCCGCCCUCCCCCACGUAUGUCACACUGCUGCUUCGGAGCUUGUCCCCUGGCGGCCCGGGGCCCCGCAGGUUCCUGAGCCGGAGUCAUCGCAGGUGAAGCCGCGGACGUCCACCGGAAGCUCCCGCUGCUGGGUUUUUCCUCCUGGAGCGGAGCUUUAAACCCCCGGAAGCUGGAGCACACUUCCGCCUCUGUCCUCCGGACUUCAGAGGAAAAGGUUGGAACCAGCAGGCCCCGGACUCAUCCCCGGACUCGCGUAUCCGCCUCCUCCGUGCGGGAGUGAUGGGAGACACGAGUGGACGCAGCGAAGCCGCGCUGCCGCCCCGCUGCCCCUGCGGGUUCUGGGGGUCCAGUAAAACCUUGAACUUGUGCUCCAAAUGUUUUGCUGACGUCCAGAAGAAGCAGCCAGAGGACGACUGCACCCCCCCAUCCCCCCAAGGCCCCACCAGCAGCCAGCCUCUGACCCUGCCCUCCACGUCAGCUGGGGAGCCCAUUUUCUCCAGCCUGAGAGAAGGGGGGCUGUCCCCACAACCAACCCAGGACCUGCAGUGCACCUCCACCAAACGCCCCAGAGAAGCAGCGUCAAGCCCGGAGAGCGGGGCGUCGCCAGAAAAACGGCUGAGGGAGGGGGCCGGUGAGGAUGAAGGGCCCAGACAGAAGAACCGCCGGCGUUGUUUCCACUGCCAAAGCAAACUGGAGCUGGUUCAGCAGGAGCUGGGGUCCUGCCGCUGCGGCUUCGUCUUCUGCAUGAGGCACCGCCUCCCAGAGCAGCACAACUGCCGGUUCGACCACCUGGGCCGCGGCCGUCGGGACGCCAUCCUGAAGAUGGUGAAGCUGGAGCGGAAGGUGGGCCGCUCCUGCCAGCGGAUCGGAGAGGAGUGCUCCUGAGGACCAAGGGCUGCUGCUGCACCUCCUGCAGAUGCUGGCUUCUGUCUCCAGGAGAAAUCCGGUUGAAGGACGGACUGGGAUGUUUGGGAUUUCAGCCUCCAGUUCUCCGCUGUGGAGCUGCCCCCUCCCUAUUCGUUCCCCAUUCUUGGAUGAUUUCUUGGACCCUCCCCCCGUCAGUCCCGACCUUUCCAGCUGAAGAUCUGCCAGCGUUGAGGAGGUUCUGCUUCUUCAGCACCGUGUGGUCAUCAGGACUCCAAAAGCUGGAGUGGAUCAAACCUAAAAACUGAGGACAAAACCUUUUCUGGACCUUUGACAUGAAGAUUAUUUAACCUCAUAUCCGUUUGUCAGACAUCCCAUAAUUUCUACAUGUAGUAAAACUGAUUUUCGUUGGUUUAUUUUUCUGUUUCUGCUUAAAAAAAAGUUUGAGAAGAAAAAUAAAAAUGUAACUGAACAUCUGAA